AUGUGUGUGCUCUAUGAUCGAAUAUCAAAUCUAUCAAUUCAACCAUUAGUAUUGGAGCAUGAUUUGGCUAAAUAUUCCAAAGAGUUAUGCGCACAAAUCAGCGAAUGCUUUAAAUCAUCAGCUGAAGCAACAGAAUUACGACAGUUACUUGAAUCACAAGAAAUUCAGGCAUUAUUACAAGCAUACGAUGUAAUAAUUCAUGAAAUCUAUGAGGGUAAUUCUCGUAGUAAUUGUAUGACAAUGGAAAUGGGUAAUGCUAAUGAAAAUAAUGCAAAUGCAGUUAAUCAACAACAAAGUAUACUUCCACAAAUGUCAUCCGUUCAUGCAUCAACUUCAUCACAUUUACCAUUUUCAUACCUUAAUGGUGGUAUACGUCAAGCUCCAACAUCUCACGCAGCUACAUCUUCAUUUGUUACAACAUCAAAUGAACUACCACAAUCAUUUGUACAACCCCUGCGUGAUGAUGAUGAUGAUUUAAUGAUGGAUUCCGUUAGUAGAGUACGAUUGGUUCAAUUUCAAAAGGAUACCGAAGAACCAAUGGGAAUUACUUUAAAGGUAACGGAAGAUGGUCGAUGUCAAGUGGCAAGAAUUAUGCAUGGAGGAUUGAUACACCGGCAAGCAACGCUUCAUGUUGGUGAUGAAAUUCGUGAAAUUAAUGGUGUCAGUGUGCUGAAUCAAAGUGUUGAAAUGUUGCAACGAUUGCUACGUGAUGCACGUGGUGCUGUAACAUUCAAAAUUGUUCCAUCGUAUCGUAGCGCUCCACCAGCAUGCGAAAUAUUUGUCCGAGCGCAGUUUGAUUAUGACCCGGGGCAAGACGAUUUGAUUCCAUGUCCACAAGCUGGUGUUCCAUUUAAAACCGGCGACAUUCUUCAGGUGAUAUCAAAAGAUGAUCAUAAUUGGUGGCAAGCGCGAUAUAUCUCUCAAUUUCCAGCUCUCGGAAAUAGUGGUACCUAUACACCAGGUACUUCAGUUGCUGGUUUAAUACCAUCACCAGAAUUACAAGAGUGGCGAACUGCUUGCUUAGCCAUGGAACGUGCUAAACAUAAUACGCAUUGUAUGUGGUUUAAUAAGAAGAAAAAAUAUUAUACAACAAAGUAUCUUCAGAAACAUUCCGCUUUAUUUGAUCAACUCGAUCUUGUCACUUAUGAAGAGGUGAUACGAUUAGCAACAUAUAGACGUAAAACGUUGGUAUUAUUGGGUGCUCAUGGUGUUGGCCGAAGGCAUAUCAAAAAUACACUUAUUCAUAGGCAUCCACAAAGGUUUGCCUAUCCUAUACCACAUACAACGAGGCAACCACGAAAAGAUGAAAUUGAUGGGAAGCAUUACUAUUUCGUAUCAAACGAUUCAAUGCUUACUGAUAUUCAAGCAAAUGAAUAUUUAGAGUAUGGAACACACGAAGAAUGCAUGUAUGGUACUAAAUUGGAAACAAUUCGAAAUAUUCAUAGGACAGGAAAAAUGGCUAUUUUGGAUGUUGAACCUCAAGCGCUAAAAGUUCUCAGGACAGCUGAGUAUGCUCCAUUUGUUGUUUUUAUCGCUGCACCAAAUUUGCAGGGUUUACAAGAUCCAGAUGGUAGUUUGGAACGUUUGCUACGAGAAAGUGAAGUUUUACGGCAAGCAUUUGGACAUCUUUUUGAUUAUGUGAUAUUGAAUAAUGAUAUUGAUGAGACAAUACGUCAGCUAGAACUUGUUGUGGAGAAACUUAAUGCUUGUCCACAAUGGAUACCAGUUUCCUGGGUCUAUUAA